UUAUAAUCAUUAAAUCGUCUUUUGUUUGAUCUAGUUGGGUUUGAUGUUUCUCCUGGGUCAUUUUCUGUUUUCAUAUAAUUUGUAUAUGGAUUUUCAUCACUACUGUAGUCUAGUACUACUUUAUCAUUUUCAAUGUGAUCUUCGUUAUCUGAUUCAAUAUUUAAGGCCAUUAGUAAAUCAUUUAAUUUAUUUAUGUUCUCAUCAAUAGUGUCAUAUUAGGUAAGGUUCAAUAAUUGUGAGUUUUCCAGGGUUUUUAUGAUUCUUUAAAAAUUCUUUCAUAUCUUCAAUAGUAAGAUAUCUCGUGUUAUCUAAUUUUAAUAUUAUUUCCUGUAGUGUUAUUAUUAUUUCUUUAAGAUUUUCUUCUGGUAGUAUUUCAUUGGAACUUUCAAUAAUUUUCUCUUUGCCUUUUAUUUGUAGUAUGAUAUUAUUUAUUAGAUUUUUUGCUAUUUCUAGGUCAUUAUAUAAUUCCUUUUGUUUUCCAUUGAUUUGAAAUUCUAACAUUGUUCUUAAAUGUUUAUUAUUUUCUUCAAGCGAUUGUAUUAUGAUUCCUUGAUAGUCAUCUAACUGUUUUCCUAGUCUUUCGAUUUUUAGAGAUAUGUUUUCUGUAGCCAUUACUACUUAUGACAUAAUUAAAAGUGUUGAGUUCCAUUUUGUAAUUGUCCUUCUUAGUAUUGUACAAUUUCUUGUUGGUACCUUAGUACUGUUGAGUUCCAUUUUGUAAUUGUCCUUCUUAGUAUUGUACAAUUUCUUUUUGGUACCUUAGUAGUACUAAGGUACCAAAAAGAAAUUGUACAAUACUAAGAAGGACAAUUACAAAAUGGAACUCAACACUUUUAAUUAUGUCAUAAGUAGUAAUGGCUACAGAAAACAUAUCUCUAAAAAUCGAAAGACUAGGAAAACAGUUAGAUGACUAUCAAGGAAUCAUAAUACAAUCGCUUGAAGAAAAUAAUAAACAUUUAAGAACAAUGUUAGAAAUUCAAAUCAAUGGAAAACAAAAGGAAUUAUAUAAUGACCUAGAAAUAGCAAAAAAUCUAAUAAAUAAUAUCAUACUACAAAUAAAAGGCAAAGAGAAAAUUAUUGAAAGUUCCAAUGAAAUACUACCAGAAGAAAAUCUUAAAGAAAUAAUAACAACACUACAGGAAAUAAUAUUAAAAUUAGAUAACACGAGAUAUCUUACUAUUGAAGAUAUGAAAGAAUUUUUAAAGAAUCAUAAAAACCCUGGAAAACUCACAAUUAUUGAACCUUACCUAAUAUGACAACUAUUCUGCAAUCACAAAUCAAAAACACUAUUCAGUCAUCAGUUACAGAUAAAAGUACACAACCAAAAAGGGAUAUACCAUCGUCAUCAACAAAAUGGUCAGACAUGGUAGAAGAAGAUGAGAAGUAUGAAGAAGACGAAAGAAAAUCAAAGAAAGGAAAAUGGUACGUCAUUUACGAUGGACCAUUUCGGGCACUCUACAACAACUGGGCAAUAGUAUCUCAUCAUGUUACGGGACACAAUAUCAAACACCAAUCAUUCUCAACCAAAGAAGAAGCAGAGAAGUCUUUGAAGGGAACUGAACAGGUAUUAAAGGAAUCAUACAGAGAAAUGGCCAUGAAACAAAAAGCUGAGCCGACCACUUCACAAAAAAGAUUAGUAAUGAAGAUUCCAAGCAUCAGCAUCAAGGACAUUCCAACUACAAGGCAAAAAGAAGAAGCUAACAGACCUACACUUCAAAAAUUUCAACAAUGCUGGGAAGAUCUUCUCAAUUAUAAAGAAAUUCACACCACCAUGGGAUUUUACCCAACAUUCAAGGGAGGACCAAGAGCAGUCAUUAUCACAGACAAAAUCGCACCAACAACACUAUUUGCUCUUCAUCAAUAUGGAUUGAUCGAUACCAUAUAUACCCAGAAGACCGAGAUCUUCGACGAAUUUCCAACAAAAUUCAAAACAGUGGUAAAAAGGUAUUCAGACUCUUUCUCCAAAGGAAGAGAAAUUUAUCUACGGUAUACAGCCAGUUACCCAGUAUUCAACAAAGAAGAACUGAUCGUUCCAUCAAAAGCAAUCAUCAAGAUGGGAGUAUCUAAUGGUAAUUAUCCAACAAGAGAUGAAUUGGAAGGAACUAAGAUACCAGAAGACUACCAAGUAAGAUCACUAUAUGCAGUAAGUCAGGCCUUAUAUUAUCUUAACCCAACGGACAAUAUUAAGGUCAAUUAUACCAGUACCAACAAGAUCAUCAUCAGCAAUUCAAAAAACCAGAUUACAGCAGAAGAAUGGGGUUUUAUUACAGAUCAAGCCAAGGACUUCAUUAAUCUAGAAGGGACGUUAGCCCCACUAACGUCGGAACAAAAACAGCAACUUUGUGAAUUAUUGCAGUUACACGAGGAUCACAUAUGUACCCAUUGUGCAGCAGACAUGACCACCUCCACUAGCAGCAAUAAUGGAGUUAAUGGAGAAGAAGUCCACUAACGAGUGGACAACUCAUCUACCAGAUUAUUACACCCACUAAACGACAAAAUGAUGAUAAUGCACUUGGAAGAAGAAAACAAGAAAGACUCAUCAACAAAAGAAAGGUCAACAUCAAAUUUGAUCAUUUAUUUCUCCCUUUCUGAUCAAUAAUGUAGGAACGUGUUUGCUUUGUUCACUUUACUUUGUGUCUUUGUUUGUUUGUUUUAGUGGAGAAUGAUGUAAUAGCAUAUGUAAGCAGGCUAAGUCCUGCACUAUAAAUAUGUAACCUAAAACCUCAUAAGGGGGCAGAGCAGAAUAAAAGUUUGAGAUUUCUCUCUCAAAAAGACUAAGUGAAGUCUUGGUGCUUCGGCACAGAACGUUUGAGGUAAUACUCUGGAGAUGUUCGUAUCCACUAUCACCCAUUCAUAAAAAAACCUUACACCAACCAUUAAACACCACAAGGAAUUCUCCAACACCAUUUCAACGAUCAUCAGCUAUCAGCCUCUCUUGUACUACACCAUCAUGGAAACGUUCAAUAGCAAGAAGCAGCAUCAACCAACCUAAGCAGCAAUCAGGUAUGUCGAAUAACCCUAGUAGCAGCAACAGUUACUUUGAUUAUUUAAGUAAAAAUGAAGAAGAAAAUUAUUUUAGAUGGAAUAUUAGAUGUCAAGAAAAUUAAGGAACAAAC